CUAUAUAAGCCCUGACCCAGAGUCAAAACUGCAACCGAGGGUAUCGGGACGAUGCUCUAACCAACUGAGCCGCUGGGCCCCAGCCAAGCUGGGCUUAUUUUCAGCCAGAGAAAACAGUCUGUGUCUGUGCAGCCAGGCUGGGCUGCGGCAGCACAACGGGGGCUUUGAGCCUUAAAUCAGGAUGUGCAGGGGAUGUCCGGAGGGCGGAAGAGCUUAGGAGGAAGAGCACAGCCUGCACUUCCCUGAGUGCGAAGGACCCAGGCGCUGCUGCUGUCCUCCCGCGCGCUGGGUGCACAUCUCCAGGCAAGCGGAUCUGGCUCUGGUGUUCCUGCCUCCUCCCUACGAGGACAUCUGUGAUUACAUUGGAUAAUCUAGGACACCCUCUCUGUCUCGAGGCCGUUAACCUGAUCACGUCUGUGAAGGCACUGCUGACAGACAAGAGCUCCAGGACUGGGCGGAUCCUCCCGGCAUGGCCACCACCGCCCCCUCCCAGCCGCUGCUCACCACCAAGGUCGCCAGUUCUGAGAACAGCAGCUCCUUCUAUGACUACGAGGACUACCUGGACCUGGAGGCCUUCCUGCUCUGCAGGAAGGACGAGGUGCUGUCCUUCAGCAGGGUCUUCCUGCCGGUCUUCUACAGCCUGGUCUUUGCGCUGGGCCUGGGCGGGAACCUCCUUCUCCUAGUGGUCUUGCUGCGGUAUGUGCCUCGCAGGCGGAUGACAGAGGUCUACCUGUUGAACCUGGCUAUCUCCAACCUCCUGUUCGUGGUGACCCUGCCCUUCUGGGUCAUCUCUGUGGCCUGGCAUUGGGUCUUCGGGAGCUUUCUGUGCAAGGCGGUGAGCAUCCUCUAUACCAUCAACCUCUACAGUGGCAUCUUCUUCAUUAGCUGCAUGAGCCUGGACAAGUACCUAGAGAUCGUCCACGCUCAGGCCCACCACAGGCUGAGGACCCGGGUCAAGCGCUGGGUCCUUGUCAUCGUGGUCUGGGCUGUGGCCCUGGCUGUCUCCAUCCCUGACAUGGUCUUCGUGCAGACACACGAAUACCCCAAGGGUGUGUGGCACUGCUACCCGGAUUUCGGGGGGCACGGGACCUUCUGGAAGCUCUUUCUGCGCUUCCAGCAGAACAUUCUGGGGUUUCUCCUCCCACUCCUUGCCAUGAUCUUCUUCUAUUCCCGAAUCACCUUGGUCCUGGUCAGGCUGAAGCCCCCAGGCCGGGGCCGGGCUCUGAAGAUAGCCUUUGCCCUGGUGGUGGCCUUCUUCAUGCUGUGGUUCCCGUACAACCUCGUCUUGUUUCUGCACUCGCUGAUGGACCUGAAAGUCUUAUGGGACUGCAAGGCCAGCAAGUACCUGGAUUAUGCACUGCAGGUAACAGAGACCAUCGCCUUCUUUCACUGCUGCCUCACGCCUGUCCUCUACGCCUUCUCCGUCCGCUGCUUCGGCCAGUACCUGAAGGCUUCCCUGGCCACUGUGUGUGGGCGGCACCAGGCACCUUGCCCUCCCCAGACCCCACUGUCCAGCUGUUGUGAGAGUAGCAACCUCACCGGCCAAGAAGAAAUGACCAGCGUGAAUGACCUUGGGGAGAGGCAGGUGGAGGACUCCCCCAACAAAGAGGGUGUGGGGGAAAAGGAAACCCAAGUGGCCAUGCCACAGCCUGAUGAGAACGGAUGGGACCCAGCUCAGCUGGGCAUUCACCCAAGUUCCCUCCAAGGGCCUCACUGACGAUGUUGCUAAACCCAGCGGUCAGUUUUCAGCUCUCGACCAUCACCAGCAUCCUCUGACUCCUUCCAGGACAUCACACUCCCCGGACUGCUGUGACAGUUGC